AGAUCCUCUAGUCUGACCGCUCGAGUGCGCUGCAGUCGCCCCGCAGUUUUGGAUCGAAUCGCCCACUGACAUUCGGCUUUUUUUUUCAGUGCCAAUUUUUUCGCCCAUCUCUUGAUAUAUUCUUACCUCCCUUUUUCCUUCUCUCUCCCCUUUUUCUUUUCUUCCUUUUCUUUGGUUUCAACUCUGCCGGCUGAAGUUCUGUUGACUCAAAAUCCUUGCACUUUUCUUACAGGUACGUUACCGUCCCUCUACAAGUCUUCCUCUCACAGAUGUCUUUUCGAGCUGUUCGUGUUUCCAAAUUUAGGCAUGUCUACGGGCAAGCCAUGAAGAGAGAUCAGUGCUAUGACAACAUUCGGGUGUCGAAAUCUUCUUGGGAUUCCACUUUCUGUGCUGUCAACCCAAAAUUCCUGGCCAUUAUUGUGGAAUCUGCAGGUGGUGGGGCAUUCAUUGUUUUACCGCUGGCAAAGGUAGGGAGAAUCAAUCCAGAUCACCCACUCGUCGGCGGCCACAAAGGGCCUGUGUUGGACAUUGCCUGGUGUCCGCAUAAUGACAACGUCAUUGCUUCUGGCAGCGAAGACUGCGUCGUCAAGGUUUGGCAAGUCCCCGACCAUGGAUUAUCUAGAACGCUGACGGAACCAGUUGUGGAAUUACUCUAUCAUCAGAGAAGAGUUGGCCUAGUUUUGUGGCAUCCAUCCGCUCAAAAUGUCUUGCUUACCGCGGGUUCAGAUAAUCUGGUAGUCAUAUGGAACGUGGGAACUGGUGAGCCGACAGUUGUGAUUGACAGUCAUCCCGACUUGGUGUACUCUGCCUGUUGGAACUGGGAAGGCUCCAAAUUGCUCACAACGUGCAAGGAUAAGAAGAUUCGCAUCAUCGAUCCUAGGAACGGGAAUGUCGACGAGGAGGCAAUCUGUCACGAAGGAUCGAAAGCUACACGUGCAAUUUACCUACGAAACGGACUCGUCUUUACUACGGGUUUUUCCAAGAUGUCCGAGAGACAAUAUUCACUGCGCGCACCCGGCCAUCUGAACGAUCCUAUCGUCAUGGUGGAGUUGGACACGUCGAACGGUGUCAUGUUUCCCCUUUACGAUGCCGACACCAACAUGGUGUACCUCUGCGGCAAGGGUGACUCCGUGAUUCGAUACUUUGAAAUCACUCCCGAGCCCCCAUUCGUCCAUUACAUCAAUACAUUUCAAACACCCGAUCCGCAGCGAGGCAUCGGCAUGAUGCCCAAGCGCGGCGUGGACGUGACCUCGUGCGAAAUUACUCGCUUCUUCCGACUCAACAAUUCCGGCCUGUGCCAAGUCGUCUCUAUGACUGUGCCCAGGAAAUCGGAACUCUUCCAGGAAGAUUUGUAUCCAGACACUCCUGGAGACGUGCCCGCCCUAUCAGCCGAGGAGUGGUUUGCCGGCAAAGACGAUAAUCCGAUCCUUGUGUCGAUGAGAUCUGGUAGUCAGUUGUCCACCAAUAAACAGGACUUGAAGGUUCAAAAGAAACAUAAUGUCUUGAGCAAAAUGCCACCGAGGAGUCCUUCGGGAUCGCAGUCGGCCAUUGCGGAUAGUCCCGACAGUGGUGCCAACAACCCUCAAGCCCCUGCGUCUCCACCCAAUUCGGGCGUUCCAGCGAAGGUGGUUGAAGAGCUAAUGGACGAGAUCCGGCGUCUAAAGUCCUUGUUAGUCAAGCACGAAAAGCGAAUCCGUGCACUGGAGGCCCGCGCCGCUUCUUCUUCCAGCGCUGAUUUGAACAAUUCGACGGGAUCAGCCAACACUUCGCUCAUCACCGAUUCGCCAUCCACCCCUAGCGCCAACAACCCGCAGCAAUCGGCCACUACGGGCAGCGGGCAGCAGCACGAGAACAACCACGUCAGUCACGACACCAACGCCAACGUGGCCAAGACCAUCGCCGAGGAUAUGGCUCCCGAUGAAGUCUGAGCGUUGAACACGCACGAGAAAAGGAAACAGAGAAAAAGAAGAAAUCUGUCGUACACACAAACACAAAAAGAUUUAGCCGAGCUUUAUUUUUCAGUUAGCUCAGCUUGUCACCACCAACACUACUCCCCCUCAAUUCCCCCUCAACGACGCACGAUGAUUAACGGCCAAUUAUAUUUGUAAGACGCUUUUUUUUUUUCAAUCUUUCCCUUUCUAAUAUUUAUUCGUUUACGAUUUAAUUGGUUAUUCUCUACUUUAUCAACCUCAUAAUUUUCCCUCUUAUACUAUUUUGUUUAACAAGUUUUUUUAACAAAAAAAAAAUUAAAAACGAACAAGAAAAAAAAAAAACUAAGAAGGAAAGGGUCUCGAAAACUUGUUUAGCCGUCAUCGCUUAUAAUAACUCUUAAAUGAAUGAAACCCUUCCCAGCUCCUUCUUACUAGUGUACUACACAACAAAAAAACUAAAUACCCUCCCUACCCCCAAUUGUCAGUCUGCUAGGUACAAAAUCAUUUAUAAUUAUUAUGAUUAUUCAAUUAUCUCUCUAUUUUUCCUCCCUUGCUAAUCAUUUUUUUUUGUGUGUUUUCGUGGACGCCGCACAAGUUCUAUUACUACCCCGACAGCGAGACAUUGUUCUUUGUCAUUGCGUUUUUUUUUUUUUCCUGGGAAGGUUGGGGGAGGGAUUUAAAAAAAAAAUCAACAACAAAUGGCUGGAAAAAAAAAAGAACAAAAUGGCGAAUUUGCCAUAUUGUUUUUGAACCCAAUUUUGUCUGCGCAAAUCUUUAAAAAAAACUACUACUCUGUAUAUUUUGGUCAAAAAUCAUCAAUGAUGUUGUGUGGCUUUUUUUUUUGUGUCCUGUUUCUCUCUGAACAUUUUUUUUUUUUUUGCUCUCUAAACACCAUGCCUACGGUCAAAAGGAAAACUACUGUCGCAACAUCGAUGCUCCCGCAAGAGUCUUGUUUCAAAAAAUUAAAAGUGCCUUAGUGAUUCAACUACCUACCAAUUUCAAACUAACACUGCAAAACAGAUGCAAGCCCAUGGAUGGGGAUCGCCUUCUUUAUCUUUGUUGUUGCACAUAUUAAACAAAAAUAAUAAUGAAGAGCCUUAACACUCGAAACACACACUUGA